AUGAACGAAGAACAGGGUAAAGAAAGUCUGGAAGUGGUGAAGCUUGAAGUCCGAGAUGAUGAAAGCAUUCAUGUGACAGACGAUGUUAAACCUUCUGUGAAGAAAGAAGAAGAUGAAGAAUACGAAGAAGGAUCCGAUUCGGGAAGUGAAGACGAAAGGUGUAAGAAAUGUGGCAAUAAUAGCACUGACGACAAGAUAAAAGCGGAGAAGCAUGAACAAAAGAAAACAAAGCUUCUCAUGAGCAAGAAGAAGUCUCACUUGAAUCUACCAAUUUCUGACUGGAUCUCUUGUGAAAAUUGCCAAGACUGGUAUCAUUUCGCAUGCACUAGUCUUGAACAAUGGGAGUACCACAUCUACGAACAUUGGCAUUGCGAUACAUGCACACCACUUGUUGGCCCAAGCAAGAGAUUUGAAAAGCACCACCACAGCGAUAUCGUUGGUACAACGUCGAUGAGAAGGACAAACCAAUGGAAGUUGGUUCCGAGACAUGGAUUAAUCAACUACGAACUUGGGAGUGCAAUAUUCCAGCUCCGUAAGAAUAUCCGAAAAAUAGGAAGCUUCGCAAAAAUAUUUUUUUUCAGAACUGAUCAUGAAGUUUGCAUUGUGGAAAACGGCCACGACUUCAAAACAAAGUUCCAUGAGUUGGGAGGGCCUUAUAAAUGGUCCAAGGUAUUUUUGGUCAAAAAUCCAGAGGGACUCGAUAUGAAAAUGCCUGGACCAGACUUUGAUUUGGAAGACGUCGUGAAUAUCAUGUCACCUGAUUAUGAAGUGGAUACAAUCGAUGUUUUCAAUCAAAACACCUAUUCGAUGAAACUCUCCACUUUCCUCGAAAAGUUCAGAGAUAAGUCUCCGAGAUUUCUUCUCUAUAACUUUCUCUCGCUGGAGUUUUCGGAUAACGAAACGAUGAAGAACCUGGCAAAACCGCCAAAAUAUGUUCAAGACAUCUCAAUUGUGGGCAAGCUGUGGCCAGACACCUCUUCUGAUGCUUACAAUGAGCUUCUUUCCAGUGGUCUCUUUUUGCCAGAAGAUAAUAGACCAAAGGUGGAGCAAUUUUGUCUCGCAGGAAUGGCUCACUCCUAUACAGAUUUCCACGUUGACUUUGGAGGCAGCAGUGUCUAUUACCAUAUUUUCAAAGGCCAGAAGAUCUUCUAUAUCGCAGAGCCCACAGAAGCGAAUCUCGCAGCUUACGAAGCACACGAAACAUCUCACUCUUCAUCCGAAUGGUUCGGCGAUAAAAUCAAGGGGCAAGUUAAAAGAGUGGUUAUCAAUCAAGGAGAAACUCUACUGAUUCCUGCUGGAUGGAUCCACGCUGUUUACACCCCUGUUGACUCUCUCGUUUUUGGAGGAAAUUUUCUUCACCUCGGAAAUCUUAAAAUGCAAAUGCGCAUUUAUCGCCUCGAAAGUUCUGUACGCACAGCAAUAAAUUCGGCUUCUAAGUUCUACUUCCCAAAUUUCGAAUAUCUCCACUGGAUGUAUAUGAAGAACAUUCUUAUUCCAAAAAUCAAAGAAACUGUCGAAGAGGGAUCGGAUAUGCGUGAAGUAGAUGCUGGUCUCUGGAAGGCUGCACAGUACAUCUCGAAGAAACUCGACGAAUGGUACAAAAGAGAGCUACAGGAAGGAGAAGGUACUGCCGAAAAACAGGAAGUUGAUGUUUCUUUGGAAGAAAAGGGAAAAACUCUACGGACAAUUGAGAGACUUAUCUAUGCUCAAGUUAAAAAGUUCGAGCGCCCCGGAAAAGCCACAAAACGUACAUGUCAUGAGGCGACCGAAUACGACGACGAUUAUCGUCCCAACAAAGUGAAAAAGCAUCCAAAACUUUCAAAAAAGAAUAGUGUUGAGAACAUUUCAAAGAAGGAUAAAAUUAAGAAUGGAAAUGAUAAUAUCGGAGACAUUUCUGUUCAAUCUGCCUCAAGUGUACCAAAUGGAUCAUUGAAGCUAAAAGUCUUGUUGGGACCUUCGGAGGAUCAAAAGAACGCUAUACAGAUGUUUAACAGUACACAUUCUUCAUCUGGUCGAGCAGUAAAAAUUAACCAAGCAGUAACUGAUCUUUGUGGAUCCCACCUUGAAUCUCGUGUCGAAGAAAUCCCUGAAAGACCCACCAAGUCCUUUGCGGAGCUUAACGAUGAACUGGAACGUUGUGAGGCUAUUCAUUCUGGGGAAAAAGUGAAGAAAGUGAAGCCACCAAAGGUUCCAAAAGAGCCGAAAGAGCCUAAAGAGAAGAAAGACAAACCAGCCAAGAAGGCGACAACAGUUCGUGAUCGUCUUUCGAAAAAACUCAAGUUGUAA